AUGGAAUAUCCCAGAUUUAAUGCACAGACUGCUGAGACUGCUGAGACGGCUGAGACGGCUGAGACUGCUGAGACGGCUGAGACGGCUGAGACUGCUGAGACUGCUGAGACUGCUGAGACUGCUGAGACGGCUGAGACUGCUGAGAUGGCUGAGACUGCUGAGACUGCUGAGACUGCUGAGACUGCAGAGAAAGUCUCGGUGCAGGAGAGGGACCCGCGCAGAGGAAUGCAUGACAUGCGGUUCCAAUGGACUAGGAAUGGCCAACCCUAUGACCCAUUUAGGGACCCGUAUGUGCGCACGAGUGACAACUCGGGGACAUUUACCAUCCAUCACAGCGCCCCCAACAUCUCUUCCUACAAUGGCACGUAUCGCUGUUCUGCCACCAACAGGCUGGGCACUGCCAUCUCCCAGGAAACCACCUUUAUUGUGCCAGGGGUGCCCAAUUUCCCCAAACAGGAGAUCCUGCCCUUGGAGGUGAACGAAGGGGAAUCUGUGAUUUUGAGGUGCAACCCCCCCUCGGGGAUCCCCCCAAUUCAUAUUUAUUGGAUGACGGCAGACCUGGUGCAGAUACCCCAAGAUGACCGGGUUUCCGUGGGGCAGGAUGGGAAUUUGUACUUUGCCAACGUGAAGCAUUCAGACAGCAGGGAAGAUUAUUACUGCUGCGCGGGCUUUUCCAGAAUCAGAACCAUUGUCCAAAGCAUGCCCAUGGCUCUCACCGUAUUGCCAACUGAUUCCCUACAGGAGAGACGGCCCAAGAUGCUGACCCCCCAGGGCACGAGUGGCUCAGUGACGGCGCUGAGGGGGGAGGAGCUGCACUUGGAGUGCAUUGCCGAGGGCCUGCCCACCCCGAGCAUCACCUGGUACAGAGAGAAAAGCGGCGCCGUCGUGCUGCAAAGUCACGGGAAACUGCUGAAAAUGAAGGACAUUUCUGAGGAGGAUGAAGGGAUUUACCGCUGCAAAGCUGAGAAUAGUUGGGGCUCAGUAGAUCAUGGAUUCCAUGUCUGGGUAGAGGGGCCCCCUCGAUGGAGGGAAGAGCCGAGAGACAGGGCAGUGAGUGUAGGAGCCAGCGCUGUGCUGCAUUGCUCUGCUAUGGGGAAGCCUGAGCCAGAGAUCAGCUGGAAGAGAAACGGUCUCCCUCUGGGGGAAGGUUCCGUACCCCCCAACCAUCAUGUUCUAGAUAAAGAAAUCAUCCUGAAGAACCUGCAACUGUCCGACACGGCAGUUUACCAAUGUGAGUCACGGAACAAGCAUGGAACCAUUCUAAGCAGCGCUAACAUCAAUGUUCUAGAUAUUGCCCCCGUGAUACUUACCCCUGAGGGUACCACCUACUCAGCCGUCCUUGGAAGCCCCGCCUUCCUGCACUGCGAGGCCUUUGCUUUCCCUCGUGCCGACAUCUUCUGGAGCCGGGAAGAUAGCGCCGUUCCGAUGCAGACACCGCGCUCUAACACAUAUGGCAACGGCACACUCCAUAUCCUAAAGGCAGAGGCAGAAGAUGCCGGAGACUACACUUGUUGGGUGUCCAACGCCCGGGGAAAGACUGCCCUCGGUGCCCGCCUCAUACUCCGAGAGCCAACGAGAGUCUUCCUGCUCCCUGAGAGCCCCUCGGUGAGAAGGUCCCACGGCACAACCUUGACCUGCCAUGUCCAAUGUGAUAUUUACCUGCUCAGCAGUCUCAGCAUUAUAUGGAGAAGGAAUGGGCACGAGUUGGACAGAAGUGACCGGAGAGUUCUGAUCCAGUUGGACACCUUGUCCAUCUCUAAUGUCAGCUGGGAAGAUGGCGGCACCUACAGCUGCACCGCCCACACCUCCCUGGACACCGUCACGGCAGAGACUCACCUGAGAGUGCAAGAUGUUCCCAACCCUCCAACAAACCUGGUUCUGUCGGAGAAGCACGACCGCAGCAUCCAACUGUCGUGGGAAACAAAUGAGACUCAUAACAGCCCCAUCCUGGAGUUCAUUAUUGAGGCCCAGAGGAGCAAUGAGACGUGGGAGGAUGCGGCACGAGUUGCGGGAAACAGGACCGCCGUUGCGUUGCCGCUUGUUCCUUAUACCGACUAUCGAUUCCGCGUCUUCGCUAUCAAUGAGAUCGGCAAAAGUCUUCCGAGUCCGGCGUCCGAGCGAUACCGCACCCCUGCCAUGGUUCCUGACAGAAACCCACUGAUUGUGAGUGCAGAAGCCGACAAACAGAAUGAACUGACCAUAACGUGGGAGCCCCUGAGUCAGGAAGAGCAGAAUGGGCCGGGCUUUGGGUAUCGGGUCCGGUGGAGACUGCAGGGCUCAGAGAGCGAGUGGCACCAUCAGACAGUAAAGGAGUCCGUAUUCAGACUAAAUAACACGCCGGCGUUUGCUCCGUAUGAGGUUUCUGUGCAGUCAGUUAAUGAGAAGGGAGCGGGUCCUGAUCCAAAGAUACACGUGAAAUACUCAGGAGAGGACAUUCCAGACGCGGCGCCUUCUGCUCUACACGUGGAGGUUCUAAACAGUUCUCUGGCGAAGGUGGCUUGGGCCCGAGUAACCCAGAACCAAGUGCGAGGACACCUGUCCGGCUACAAGGUCACCUACUGGAAAGCCAGGAGUCUGCUGGCAGAGAAGAAGCACCACCACCCCACGCGCCACGUUCUCAUCUUCCCUGGCCCGAGGAACUGGGGGAUGAUCCCGGGGCUGGACCCGUUCAGCCAGUACCAAGUCAUGGUCGCAGCCUUCAACACUCGAGGAGACGGGCCGGGAAGUUCUCCGGUGACAUUCGAGACCCCUGAAGGAGUGCCCGACAAGCCGCACUCCCUAAGGAUCUCCAGCGCAGACAAAAGCUCAUUCACACUGACGUGGGGGCCUCCGAGGAAGCUGAACGGGAUCCUGAGCGGAUAUUUACUCCAACACCAGAUCAUUAACGACACGGAUGAAAUUGGGACAAUGAGAAAUAUUAACAUCACCGACCCGGCGACCGUCAGCUGGCGAAUCCCGUGGCUCCACCAUGGCACCAAAUACAAGUUCUACCUGCGAGCCUGCACGGCGCGGGGCUGCGGCAAAGCUGUGAGCGAGGAGGGUUGGACCGGCGCCCAAGCAAAACAAGGGGUACCUUCCACAUCUCCAGGUACAGAGGUCCAACAGCCGGGUGGGAACUUUACUACUCGCCAGUUGUCUAAGACCCAAGGAAUACACAGGGGAAUUUCGGAAGAUGUCAUGGAGAAGACGGGAAGAGGUGCCGGGGUGCAAGUCCUCGCUACCCAGGGCUGGCUCAUUGGGCUGAUGGGCGCAGUUGCCCUACUGACCCUCACGCUGCUCACCGCUUGCUUCGUGCUCAAGAACAAAGGAGGCAAAUACUCAGUGAAGGAGAAGGACGAGGCGGCCAUCGAGACGGAGGUGCAAAUGAUGAGAGAUGAGCUGUUUGCUGACUACAGUGAUAAGAAACCCCUGAAUGAGAGCGCCGACUCCCUGAGUGACAGUUCCGAGAGCUCGUGCAGUAUGGACAGUCUCGUGCAGUACAGCGACGGGGAACACGAGCAGUUCAACGAGGACGGUUCCUUUAUUGGAGAAUACACAGAAAGCAGAGACAGAAGCUCCAAGGAAAUGCCCCACUAACUGCCCCCUACAGACUCUGUGCCAGCCCUGAGUGGCAUUCUGCAUUCUAUAGCAUUGCCCAAUGGGCAGACUUUGCUCUGGCAGAACUGGCUCUGCAGCUGGUACCUGGGCAGAAGGGGCGGUGCCAAUCAUGCCAAUGGCCUUGGAAGGAUUGAACUUGUGGAUCAUUAGCAAUGUCUGCGUUCCUACGGACCCGCCUGGUACCUGGCGCUCUGGGCCCACUGCUCUGCAAUUCUUACAAAAUAAUAAAUAGAGGUUUUGCGCUCACGAC